UCCUCACCCUUAGCUAAAUUACUCAAGGAAUUUUCUUCUGCCUUUUCAUUUUAAUUAUAUACAGUUAUUUCUUUCUAUCUAUCUAUAUAUAUAUAUAUAUAUAAAGAAUAUAAGAGAAGGUUUAACACCACCGCCACCACUUCUCACUGCUUACAUCCUUUUUCAUUCUGAACCUCUCAACCAGAGCCUUCUCUUUCUCUGUUUUUUCUGCAAACACGAUGCUUUGUUAAGGUCUUCAACUCCAAGUCCCCUUCUUUCAUUUGCCGUCUCGUUAUUUCUUUUUGUCUCUGUUAUCGUGUUUGUUCUAAUCUGAUAGAUUCUUUGAUUCGGUUUAUCUGUUUUUGGUCUCGAGGGUAGUUUAGAAUUUUCCUAGGUGUCUGUUUGAAGCAGUAAUCUUGUUUUAUCUAUUUUAACAUAGAGCUUUAUCUGGUUUGGGUUAUUGGGGUUUGACUUACUUUUUCAAGAUUGGAUGAUUAUGGAUCCAAGCUUCUCUGAAUACUCAGAUUUCACAAACGGGUUCAAAAUCGAAAACCAGACCAGUAUACCCAAUUCAAAUGAGUACUCAGUUCUUUCAGACGAAUAUCUAUUAAACCAACACUCUCCAUAUUUUGACCUCGUCAAUGAUUACCCAAACCUUUUUAUUCCUGAUCCUGACCCCGGUAAUUUCACGCCCUCCAUGAAUUUGUCUUCUUUGGAAGAACCAUCUUUUCCCUCUUCCACACUAAGCCCAGAUGGAAACUCACCUACUCCUUCAAGCGUGAGCCCUGGGGGUGACUCUUCCAAUGAUGAAAAAGAGUUCUCAAUAUACGUUCUCAAGUUCAUCAACCAGAUCCUUAUGGAAGAAAACAUGGAGGAGAAACCCAAUAAGUUUGAUGAUCCAUUGGAACUUCAAGUCACUGAGAAAUCAUUCUAUGAUGCUCUUGGUGAGAGUUACCCUUAUUCAGCCAACCAGUCUCCUGUAGAUCAAAAAGUUGAGACCCCAGAUAGCAAUUUUUCAGUAAGCUCUAGCGAUUAUGGCGGUAGUAGUACUUGUACUAGUACUAGUAACAGUACCAGUCAUGAUGCUAGCAGCCCUCAAUUGCUUAGUGAUGUAGGAGACCAUAAAGCCUCUUCAUUGCAGCCGUUUCUUCCCGGUGACAACAAUUUCCAGUUUGAUUUGGUUUCGGCUCAGAAUUUAUUUAGGGACAUUGAUUCAAUCUCCCAGUUUCAGAGAGGUGUUGAGGAAGCAAGUAAGUUCCUCCCUAAAGGCAAUCAGUUUAUCAUUGAUCUAGAAAGCAAUGGAUUCUCGCCCCAGUUGAGAACAGAAGCUGUAGUUGUUAAAACUGAGAGGGAAAGCUCGCCUAACGGGUCGCGGGGGAGGAAGAAUCAUGAAAGGGAAGAUGAUGACUCAGAAGAAGAGAGAAGCAAUAAGCAGUCUGCGCAUUAUAUAGAUGAGAGUGACUUAUCAGAGAUGUUUGAUAAAGUGUUGCUUCAAGUUGAUCAUAGUUGCGGGCAAUGCGGUGAGACUGAACCUGGGCAGAGUGAAGCAAGCAAGGCCUUGCAGUUGGCGGAGUCAAAUGCCAAUGGCGGAAAGGGUCGCGGCAAGAGGCAAAACAAGAAGAAGGAAACUGUGGAUUUGAGAACCCUUUUGAUUCUAUGCGCACAAGCUGUGUCCAGUGAUGAUAGAGGGACUGCAUAUGAGCUUUUAAAGCAGAUUAGGCAGCAUUCUUCUCAUAAUGGGGAUGGAUCCCAGAGGUUGGCCCAUUUCUUUGCCAAUGGUCUUGAUGCUCGUUUGGCUGGAAUUGGAACCGGAGCCUUGUUCUAUAGUAACUUACUUGCCAAUGUGAAAGCUUCUGACCUUUUGAAAGCAUACCACCUUAAUCUUUCGUCCAGUCCUUUCAAGAAGAUGGCUAUGUUCUUUGCAAACAAGAAUAUCUUGCACGUAGCUGAGAAAGCAACAAACCUUCACAUCGUUGAUUUUGGUAUCCUGUAUGGUUUUCAGUGGCCAAUCUUCAUCCAGUAUCUCUCAAAAAGAUCCGGUGGACCUCCUAAUCUGCGCAUUACAGGUAUAGAGUUCCCUCAAAAUGGUUUUCGCCCAAAAGCCAGAAUUGAAGAGACAGGGCGGCGCUUAGCAAAGUACUGCGAAAGGUUUGGUGUGCCUUUCAGGUACAAUGCCAUAGCAGUAAAAAAUUGGGAGAGCAUCCGUGUUGAGGACAUGAAGAUUGAAAGCAACGAAGUUGUUGCUGUGAAUUGUUUGAUACGGUUCAACAACAUACUCGAAGAAACUGUUGAAAGCUGCCCAAGAAAUGCUGUUCUGAGCCUAAUCAGGAAGAUGAAUCCAGCCAUUUUUAUUAAUAACAUUGUCAACGGAUCCUACAACGCACCAUUUUUUGUCACUCGUUUCCGCGAAGUGCUCUUCCACUUCUCUGCCUUGUUUGACAUGUUGGACACCAACAUAGCCCGCGAAAACGAAGAGAGGAUGAUGUAUGAAAGAGAAUUCUAUGGCCGGGAGAUUGUGAAUGUGAUAGCAUGUGAAGGAGAAGAGAGAGUGGAGAGGCCUGAGACGUACAAGCAGUGGCAAGUCCGGACCUUGAGAGCCGGUUUUCGGUCACUUCCUCUCAACCAAGAGAUCAUGAGCAAAUUUAAAGAGAAGUUGAGAACAUGGUACCACAAGGAUUUUGUAAUUGAUGAAGACAGCAACUGGAUGCUUCAGGGAUGGAAAGGAAGGAUUGUUUAUGCUUCCUCAUGUUGGGUUCCGGCAUAGGAGCCUCAUUCAAUUUAAUUUUUACUUGCUCAAACACUACUCAUUAGUAGAGUAUGUAUGUAUGACUACAAGAGAUGUAAUAGAUUAGUUAUAAGAGGGUAUCAAUUAAGUUUUGAUGUACUCAUUUCUUCUGUUUUGAAACUGCAAGUGUAGCAGCUGUAAUAUAAGCUUGAUCCUCUUCACAAAGCUUCGCCUAAACCAUUAUGAGGAUAAGGUUUAAUGAGUUUAUGAGUACUAACAAGCGCAUUCCCUUUAAAUGUCUGGCUUGAGAAAUUAAAGCUAGUCCAAGUUUUACAGAUUGUGGAAUGUAUAUACAUACUCUCAUGAAUGAUAUUUUGUAAAAGGAUUCUCUU